AGUUUGAAAUGAAUUUUAUAUUUGACAGUUGUGCUGUGAAUGAUUAUAUACAAGCAGUUAGGAGCUUGACAUGCGAGAUGCUAGAUCUAGUGGUUGAAGGUUUAUUUGUUCCAGACAAAUCCGUCUUCAGUAGGCUCAUCAGAGACGUCCAGAGUGAUUCAUGUUUCAGGCUCAAUCACUACCCUCCUAUGGAAAACUCUAGGGAAUGGGAUCCAUCUCCAAAGCUUAAUGCAAACACUCGUAUGAGGUUUGGAGAGCAUUCUGACCCUCAAAUCUUGACCAUCCUGCGAUCAAACGAUGUUGAAGGCCUUCAAAUUUGUUUACAUGAUGGGUUAUGGGUCCCUAUCACUCCUGACCCCACUGAAUUUUGCGUGUUUGUAGGUGAUGUUUUACAGGCUAUGACAAAUGGAAAGUUUGUGAGCGCAAGACACAGAGUAAUAGUAGCAAACUCAGUGAAACGCAGAAUGUCAAUGAUAUAUUUUGGGGCUCCACCCCUUAAUGCAUGGAUCUCUCCUCUUCCAAAGAUGGUAUCACCCCAAAAACCAAGUCUCUACAAACCGUUCACUUGGAGUGAAUUCAAGAAAGCUGCCUACUCUCUACCUUUGGGAGAUUGUUGUCUCAACCGUUUUAAAGAUUCUCUUCAAAUAAGUCUAAGAACACAGAAACUAUAGUCACAAAAUAUGACACGUAAUUUAUAUUAAGGGACAAGAUUUUUUAAAAGUGGAUCUAAUCCCUUCAUAUCAAAUUCUGUAAAAUUUUAUCUAUUUAUGCGUAUUCUGUGUUUAAUUUUUAC